AUGUUCCGGCGAUCGAAACAAACCACUGCCCCACUCCCGAAGCCACCGACGGAGGAACAAAUGAUGGAGGAUCUGCAGCUGUACCACGAAACACGUCCCCAGCAGGCAGUGAGCAAAGUCGACGGAGAAGGAGAACCGCUGGGUGCCGAGCCAAAAAUCGAAACCUGGUGGAAAGAAUUUGAGGCCACGCUGGAGGACCACCGAGAGUUUCAGGACAUCAAGCUAAACCUGGAACAGAUGCGCACGGCACUACAGGAAACGAAAAGCAAUCUGCAAAGCUCCUGCAAGGAUAUCGAGCUUCAACUCGAACACGACCUAGAGCGGAUACGAACGACGAUGAGCGGAUAAACGGACAAGAAAUGAAGACGUGGCAAUGGGUUGGGCCCCUUAGUGGGGGUGUUGUGUGUUUGGGGUUCAUAAAUAUAUGUAUAUUUUGUAAAACAAAAAACCUCCUAAACUAGCAGCACUUUUACUAUCGCCCUUAUGUGAUGCACACGCCUGUCUGCCGCUGUCGCUAGUUAUUCGGGUACACUUGUCCGCAGAUCGGUGAAAGCCACUUCCACGGGUAUCCUACAAAUGGGGUGGGGCGAAGGUAUUUUUUUCAGUUUAAUUUAUCGCUUGCGCAUUCGAAAUUGGCCAAAAAGUUCGCCUUCGUUCACGUGUCCACAUGCUCCAAAAGCCCCCUACUCGAUUAGUAUCCCACCAGUAUCCAUGCGUACAUCACAAACGCACAC